GUUUCCUCAUAACCGGUUAUCAUAAAUGUCAGUGAUGUCUUAACACGUGUGUCAGUAUAUCUUUGUAAAAUAUUCAUUUCUUGCUUAGGCUGGUGAAAAAUUGAUAGUACAUAGAUAUGGGUAAACCCGAUCAGAAAUGUUUAAAUAAGACAAAUUUGCUAGUGUAUCAAACACCUAGUGGUGAAAAACAGGAGAGGAAGGCUCCUUGUGUUGCAAAAGUACCAUACAGACCUCCAAUUUGUAAACCGACGCCAAAAACGAUCAGAGUUGCAACUGGAAAGGAGCUGAAGAGAAUUUGCCCACCAAAAUUAUGUGACUGCGGACGCGGACCUAAGAAACCUGGGAAGGGGAUGCUUGGCCUACUUGGUUUUGCACUGAAAGCAGGAUUAGCUGCAGCAGCUGUCUAUGUCAGCUAUGACAUAGGAGUGUGGGGUACUGGUGAUGACACAAUGGAUCUAUACAAAUCAUACUGUAAUUUGAAAACAGAUCCGCAGAAAAGGAAAGAAGAAACUUGGAAGCCACAAUCUUGUCAGCAAGAAAGGGAACUUUUUACGCCCGCACAGUUUGAUCCCUACCAGCACUGUGGCAAACCUCCAAUAGACCUGCAAGAUAAACAAAUUAAAUUCAAACAGUAUUGGAACUGUGCCGUGACCUGUGUAUUUUCGGCAAUAGCGGGAUUACCAAAUAACAUCAUCAACAGGGGAUCAAAGGAAAAGAAGGACGAAACGAAGGAUCAAGAUCAACAGCCAUUUUGUAUACCUUACAACGAACUACCAGAAGAUGAGAAAAUCGAGAAUUCUUAUAGAUAGAUCAUUGAUGAUUAACCGACUUUGUUUUCUUCUUCUUAGAUACUUGAUAUUUGUAUUUAUCUAAAUUUCAGCAUAAAAUGAAUUGGUUAAAGGAUAUUUGUUAUCGCAACAAAAUCUUGGUUGAUAAGAGUCUGGUGCAGUUAUAAAGAAUAACGAUUGCUUCAGUAAAUAACAACCCGAGAGGUAUUAAAGUAGGCGCUGGUGGAAUUCGAGCCCCAUUUUGUGAUUCUGUAGAGCUGACCUAAACAGUAAAUCUACAGUACAGAUUCCAACCAACAUUCAAGAUUAACUAUUAUAGCCAAAUUCAAUGCUGCCCACGCCACUGUUCCUUUUGUUCUCUAGCCUUAGUACCCCAUCUGACGGCGUUCAAGUCCUGUACCUCAGGCUGUUGAUUACUAAAUAUACUCGCUGUUGCUGAUGCGCUCAUUCAAAAAAUCGUAUACAGGUUACUGUCCUUGCACGGUGGUACCGUGGUGUGUCCACACGAGGCCGCGUGGUGCGACUCGGAAGCGAUUCGAGAUACCUUACCAUCGAUCUUUUUACUUGAACGACACCACACGAAGCACCAAGACAGCUUGGAGGAGCAAAAAAAAAAACAGUGGAGUGAAUAGGAUUGAAUUUAGCUCUCAAACAGUUGAUCCCGAAAGUUGGUUGCCAAGUUGUUUUCUAAACAUACUUGCUACUGCAGAAGCGCUCAUCUGAAGAAUCGUAUAUAAGGAAGGUUACUGUUUUGGCAAAGAUAGAGUAGUGCUUACAGACAAAAAUAAGAACCUCGGCCGUAACAUCUAAAGCAUCUGAAAGUAGAAUGCAAUGCCAUGAUGUCAGAGUGCGUCAGUCAUAGCAAUGAACCACUUCUAAAGUCCCUCAUACUGGUAGCAGAAAUGAGGUCAUAAUUUGCUAAGUUCCAGGUAUUUUAGAAAUUGUUUUCUAAUAGCCGUGGUUUUUAUUUACGACCUUUAUCAUCUGAUUAAAAAAUGCUGACCUUUAGUACCUCUACUUGCACUGGUAUUCUAGCAAGAACGACAAAAUUUAACCUAUAUUAUUAGAAAAUCAUGACUUUGUAUAAUAACACCACCCUUCUGACAAAUUUGUAGUCUUUCAGUUUAAUGAUCUAUUUAUUGAACCCUGUGCUAGAACAGAGUGAAAAGUGCGAGGAAUAUUAAAGAAUGAUUUUGACC